AUGAAGCCGCUACUCUGUGCUCUCUUCAUGGUGAGUUCCCUAUACUUGUGCUAUGUCUUCCUAUUUGGCGAGCUGGCUAGUCAGAAUGGUCUCAAGGACAUAAAUUUUAGUGUAGACGGGAAAAACAGCUGGUCAUAUGGCACAGCAGGCAGUAGUGGUCACAGGUCUAAGCAGGAGGACAGAGUGCUGGUUGUUUCAAGCCAUGCCGACUUUGGUGUUUUUGGAGUGUUUGACGGCCACGGCAGUUCAGGGGCCAGUGACUUUGCAGCUAACACAUUCUACCCCGUCUUCUCCAGACGCCUCGCAGAAGGCCAGAGACUUGGCGAGGCCUUACAAAUGGCAAUCGAGGACGUGGAGAACAUGUUCAUGGAGAAGGCUCACAAGCAAGCAUGGUACUCCGGCUCCACAGCAUGCAUUGCAGUGGUCACUCCACAAGUGGCGAUGGUGGGAAACGUGGGCGACUCGAGAGCUCUGGUUUGUGUGGCACGGAAAAACUCAACAACGAAUUUGAUAGAAAUGGACAGCACUCAGCUCAGCAAAGAUCACCACCCGGAGUUGGCAGAGGAGAGGCGUCGGAUUGAGGCUGCCGGAGGCUUUGUCGAGUUUGGAAGAGUGAAUGGAGAGCUAGCAGUGUCUCGGGUGAUUGGAGACAUGGAAUUCAAAGCUUUUGGCGUGAGUGCACAAGCAGAUGUUGUGGAGUACAGGAUUGGGAACAGUAAUGAAGAGUUUCUGGUGCUUGCUUCGGACGGGAUCUUCCAGAGGAUGUCGAACCAGGACGUGUGCAACACAGUCAUCAUUGCUAGAGGAUCUGGAGCACUGGACCAUGAAUCGAGGAGUGGACUUUCUCAGGUGGCUGCUGUGAUGAUCGUGGAGGACGCACUUGAAAGUGGGAGCAGUGACAAUCUCUCGGUCAUUGUUGUUCCUCUCGUGGGAGAGAGUGAGCAUAACAACAAUAAGCUUUCAGUGACUUUUCAUUAA